AUGGUCGUGUGGGACUUCGACUGGUCCUUGAUUAACGAGAACAGCGACACCUGGAUCCUCGAGCAGCUCGCGCCGACGCUCUUGACGGAUCUCAAGAAACUCCAGCAGACGGAGCCGGACCGCUUCGGCCGCGGCCAGUGGACCGCGCUCAUGGACCACCUGCUCACGCUCCUGGGGACGCGGGAAAAAGUGACGCGCGGCGCGCUCGAGCGCCGCCUCGCUUCGAUCCCCUUCGCGGACGAGAACGUCGCCUGCGUGCGCCUCGCCGCCGCCGCGGGCUGCGAGCAGCGCAUCCUCUCCGACGCCAACGAGGUCUACAUCGACAAGAUCCUGGAGGCGCGGUCGCUGCGGGGCGCGUUCUCGGCCGUGUGCACGAACGCCGCGACGUACGAGGACGCGGGCGACGGCGCGGAGGUGCUGCGCGUCGCGCCCUUCCACCCCGUCGACGAGGCGCCCCAUGGCUGCCGCAGGUGCCCGCCGAAUCUGUGCAAGGGCGCCGUGCUGGACCGCUGGGUCGCGGAGUGCCGGCCGCGGCGCAUCAUCUACGUCGGGGACGGCAGCGGCGACUACUGCCCGGCGACGCGCCUCGUCGAGGACGACGUCGUCUGCGCCCGCGCCAACUACCCGCUCGCGAAGAAGCUCCGGAAGCUCGCGUUGAACGUCACGGACCCCGUGACGCUCGACGCGGCCGUCGCGGAGUGGAGGGACGGCGCGGACCUCCUCCGCAUCUUCAGGCGCGAGCUCCGCGCGCCGAAGCAGGCCGCGCCGCCGCCGAAGCCGCCGCCCUCGAAACCGCCGCCCUCGAAGCCCCUGAAGCCGUUCUCGUCGAAGCCCGCGGCGCCCGCGCUCGUCGGCAAGCAGGCGGAGACGAAACCCGCGAAGCGGGCGACGGUGCGCUUCGCGCCGCCGUGA